GCUCUACUUUGCUCACCUUUUGUUCUGAAGCCGUUACAGUACUGUGCCGAAGCCAUGAGACUACUUUACUUUGACACGUCCGGAACCCUGAAAUCCAAAGUAUUCAGUAGCGAAAUACCGGAUUAUGCCAUUCUGUCGCAUACAUGGGAUCCCAAUGGCCACGAUGUUGAAUUCACUUAUAAAGACCUUAUGAAGAAUACUAGCAGAGAUAAGGCUGGCUUUAAGAAGAUCAUGUUUUGUGGUCAGCAAGCAGCCCACGACAAUUUAGAUUACUUCUGGGUUGACACGUGCUGCAUUAAUCAAUGGAAUCUCAGCGAGCGGUCAAAGGAGAUUAAUUCCAUGUUUCGCUACUGCCAGAGGGCAGUUAAAUGCUACGCACUCCUGUCGGAUGUUACAGAUCCCUCUGCUACAGAUCCUAACGUGGAGCCAAAUACGUGGAAAACCUCAUUCCGGAAGAGCAGGUGGUUUAGACGAGGAUGGACUCUCCAAGAGCUAAUUGCUCCGGCAUCAGUAGAGUUCUUUUCUCUAAAUCACCAAUUACUAGGAAACAAAGCUGAUCUAGAGCAAGUCAUUCAUGAAGUUACUAAGAUUCCAGUUGAUGCUUUACGUGGGCGUCCACUGAAAGAAUUUAGCGUUGAUGAGCGAAUUGCAUGGGCCAGCAACCGCGAAACGACAGAAGAAGAAGACAGUGCUUAUUGCCUUCUUGGAAUAGUUGAAGUCAGAAUGACUUUAAUAUAUAGAGAGGGAAAAGCAGAGGCUUUAAGGAGACUGCGGCUGCAAAUUGAAUCAACAGAAUCGACUCCAUUUAUUGUGCCAUUUAGCCGAAACAGCCAGUUCACUGGUCGCGAAUCCGAACUCACCACACUCCAAAAGACUCUUUUUGUUGAGGGCCAGACAACAAGAAUUGCAAUCACAGGAAUAGGUGGAAUUGGGAAAACCCAGUUAGCACUUGAAAUGGCCUAUAGAAUGAGACAAGCUUACAAAGACUGCUCAGUGCUAUGGGUGCCGGCCACCGAUAUCGAGAGCGUGCAGCAGGGGUAUGCGCAGCUUGCUCAGCGACUACAAAUUCCCGGAUGGGACGAUGAGAAGCUGGACGUGAAGAAACUGGUGAAAAUUUAUCUAAGCAGAGAGAGCGUAGGACGGUGGCUUCUUAUUUUCGACAAAGUGAGUGAUGAUAGUAUAUGGACUACUAGAGCGGCCGGAGCUGACAGGUUGAUUGACGACCUGCCAGCCUCUAAAAAAGGAUGCAUUGUCUUUACAACGCGUAACGAGAAAACAGCCAAGACGUUGGCACAGGAGAAUGUGGUGAAGAUGCCGGAGAUAGACGCGGGGAUAGCCUGGAUGAUGCUUAACAAAUACUUAUCCAACCGGGAUUUGACCAAUGAGCAGCAGGAAGCCAAUCUACUGUUGAAAGAGCUUACAUACUUCCCCCUGGCCAUUGUAUUGGCGUCAGUUUAUAUUAGCAUCAAUAAUUUAACUAUAAAGGAUUAUUGGAUGCUAUUACGAUUACAAGAUAAAAAGACAGUUGAAUUCAUCAGUCAAGAGCUUAAGGACAAAUGGCAGGCUCAUGAUGGAAAGCACCCUUUGGUUGCGCCUUGGCUUAUCUCAUUUGAACAAAUUCGUAAGCAGAACGAGUUGGCGGCUGAAUAUUUGUCUUUUAUGGCUUGCAUAGACCAUAGAGAUAUUCCACUCUCUCUGCUACCUAGGGGUCAGUCAUUCGAAGCCGAGAAAGAUGCUGUUAAAAUGCUCUCCGAUUAUUCAAUGAUCAUCAGACGGCCAGCUGAAUCAGCACUAGACAUACAUCAACUUGUAAAUUUGGCAACAUUAAACUGGCUUCGAAAAGAAAACUCGCUAAGCCAGUGGAGUAAGAUAUCUAUAAUCCAACUUAAUAAUAAGUUUCCAGACCAUAACCACUGGAAUCGAAGCAAAUGGAGAAGAAUUUUGCCACAUGCUACUUGUGUGCUGAAUGUUGGACUUAUUAAUGAAGAUAAUAGUAAUAAGUUAAGCCUUAUAUGGAAAUAUGCUGCGAGCCUAUACGCCGAUGGAGAAUGGAAAAGGUCCGGAGAGCUGUUUGCGCAAAUCAAGGACACAAGUUUGAGGGUGCUAGGCGAGGAGCAUCCUUCCACGCUGACGAGCAUGGCCAACCUGGCGUCGACGUAA